AUGGAGCAGAAGCUGAGUGCAAACAUUGCCCAUGCUAUUCGAUUGGCAAAGAAGUGCCAUGCGGGUACCGUGGCUUCAUUGCUGUGGGACGCGUUGUAUGAGCUCAAUUCAGGACACAGUCGCCCGAAGCCCAUCUCACUUUUCACUGCUUUAGGUCUCGCUGCUGGUGAGGAUGCAGACUUCGAAGUCAAGGAUCCUAGUACAGUCCCUGUGCAUGCGGGGGAUCAGUCCGAAGACGUCGUCCAACCUGAGACAGAAGAAAUGGUAUUCGCAAAUCAAGCAGGCCAGGAUUUCUUUGAGACGAUGGCCUCCCAGUUGAUCGUCGCCGUUGAAACGCAAGUUCAAGCCCAGACUCGUUCGCUGGUGGAUCGCAUUGAAGCACUUGAGAGACAACAGGCGGGCAACACGGUCUUUUCUGUUACUGAUGAUGCCACAGAGCUGGGAGAAGCUGAUAGCGCGCCUGGUGGCAUGGUGUCUGCUGAACCACGCAGCACGCAGGUGGCACUGAAACCAGUGUCUCACAACAGGGGCUUGUCCUCUCCCAGGCGAUCCGAUGCCUAUCUCAGGGCGCUUGAACGCAUGCAAGCAGUUGAUGACGAGAGUGAUGACGACUUGUCAUCUGACACGUACUUCGAGUGA